AGGCAUCAUGAUGAUACGGGAGUGACGAGCCUGCGAGCGGCUGUGCGUCUUGGAGAGAGGCACAGACGCAAGAGACGCGCAACGGCGGCAGCUCAGUCUGUUCGGAGCCACCGGUUGAGAUCAUCCAGCACCUCCAGCGCAGCGACCGUGGGAGACAAAUCGACGUCCUCCGCCGCCAGCACACUCGCCCGGGACAAAUGAUGGACUUCGUCGCAGCCGCCCGACGGAGCCGCGACAGCAGCAUCGGAUGAAAGGAAUCGGAGAUGCUGCGCAUCACGGCCGAAGUCUUGAAGCUGCCGCGAACGCUGACUGUGGGUGUGUGCGCGUCGAGCUCACCGUUGCCUCCGGACUGCACUCGCCAACUUCCCCCCCGCUUCCCCUCAAGUCAUGUCUGAUAAAGAGCGAUGGGCAAGUUUGACGACAACGAGAGGAUAAUCCUCAACGUCGGGGGCACCAGACACGAAACCUACAAAAGCACCCUGAAGACCCUGCCGGGGACGCGUCUGGCACUGCUCGCCUCCGACUCGGACAUCGACUCCGUGUUGGAUCAGCUGCAACAAGUCCCCGGCUUCAUCGAGUACAACGCGCGGACCAACGAGUACUUCUUCGACCGCCACCCGGGGGUCUUCGCCUACGUGCUCAACUACUACCGGACCGGGAAGCUGCACUGCCCCGCGGAUGUGUGCGGACCGCUGUUCGAGGAGGAGCUCUCCUUCUGGGGCAUCGAUGAGACGGACGUGGAGCCCUGCUGCUGGAUGACGUACCGGCAGCACCGGGACGCGGAGGAGGCUCUGGACGUGUUCGAGCUCAACGUGGACAACGGGGACGAGGACGACGACAUCGGGAAGCGGCUCGGCAUUGAGGACGUGGCCGCAGACGCAAACGUCAGUCUGUGGAGGAAGUGGCAGCCGGUGAUCUGGAAUCUGUUUGAGGAUCCCUACUCAUCCAGGGCGGCGAGGUUUAUUGCCUUUGCAUCUUUGUUCUUUAUCCUGGUCUCCAUCACCACAUUCUGUUUGGAGACUCAUGAAGCUUUCAACAAGAUUAUCAACAAGACCGAGCUCAUGCGGAACAGCAGUGCAGCGGACUCUGGCCCUCAGUACGAGAUCGAGACUGACCCGGCGCUCACGUACGUGGAGGGCGUCUGCGUCUUUUGGUUCACCAUUGAAUUCCUGGUGCGUGUGACCUUUUGCCCUGUGAAGCUGGAGUUUGUCAAAAGCGUGCUUAACAUCAUCGAUUUUGUGGCUAUCUUGCCUUUCUACUUGGAGGUUGGGCUCAGUGGCCUUUCUUCAAAGGCCGCCAAGGAUGUAUUGGGUUUCCUCAGGGUGGUGCGCUUUGUUCGUAUCCUACGUAUCUUCAAGCUGACACGCCAUUUUGUUGGUCUUAGGGUGCUGGGUCAUACAUUGCGGGCCAGCACAAACGAAUUCCUGCUGCUAAUUAUAUUCCUGGCUUUGGGAGUGUUAAUUUUUGCAACCAUGAUUUACUACGCUGAACGCAUUGGCGCCAAGCCCAAUGACCCCACCGCCAGCAUCCACACCAAGUUCAAGAACAUCCCCAUUGGCUUCUGGUGGGCUGUGGUCACCAUGACUACACUGGGCUAUGGCGACAUGUACCCAGAGACUUGGUCGGGCAUGGUAGUGGGUGCACUUUGUGCUCUAGCCGGUGUGCUAACAAUAGCCAUGCCUGUGCCAGUUAUUGUCAACAACUUUGGGAUGUACUACUCCCUGGCCAUGGCCAAGCAAAAGCUCCCCAAGAAGAGGAAGAAACACAUCCCUCAGGCGGUGCAGGGGGGUUCCCCCACGUACUGCAAAGCUGAUCUCAACACCACCUGCAACAGCACUCAAGGUGACCUGUGCCACGUCAAGGGGAGCAGAGUACUAGAGCGUAACCGUUCAGUUCUGUCAGCAGACUGUAGCGGAGGCAGUGACCUGACCAUGUCUCCAGAGGAAAGGGUCCCAAUGCGACGCUCCAGCACUAGGGAGCAGGACCGCCGCAGUGGCGGGACAUGCUUCCUGCUUGCAGCCAGUGAUUACACCUGCCCUGUAGAUGGAGGAAUGCGCAAAACAGAACUGAGCGCGAUGAGGGUAAAUCCGGAUCUGGACUCCUUUCCCACCAUCAGCAGAAGAACCAAAGGAGAAGAAGCGCCAACCAACAACCAGAACAGGGUGGAAGCUCUGACACCACAGCAGCUGGAGGACACAGACCACAGCAUGGACGCCUCAGCGACUCUCACAACGUCUGCAGCCAUCACGUUCUGGGCUCAUCAGAUGAACCAGCUACUACAAGCCCUGCACCAGCAUGAAAGGACUGUGUCUGAAGCUUCAGAGGCCAUGAAACUGUCAUACACGCGUGUGUGUCUGACAGACACCUGCUUAUGACAAUCAGCAAAGGAAAACAAGGACAGAGCAACAGCAGAGAAGACGUGCUCUGACACAGACACUGGUUGAAACAACAGGAGAGGCUUCAGACGUGAUCGGCCCAAUAGAGCUGCAUCUGAGGAUUCAGGAAAGGUCUGUCAUCGAGGAACAACUGUCCCAUCGAAAGGCUUCACCCACUGGCGCUCACAUCAGACUGAUGGUUGGGGAAGGAGGAAGGUGACGGUUCCUUUUCACGUGACGUACAAGACGGUACCGCAAACACACACACACAUUCAUACAUGCAAUGAAGAAACACGCUUACAGCUGAUACACGCUCAAAUUCAUGUUCAUGCUUAUCUGCUCGCAAUGAAGAAUCGCUUUCUGCUCAAAAAAAAAAAAUCCCAGAGUGAUUUUAAAAUGAUGACAAACAGCUAAAUGACAACUGCUGCAUGACUUUACAGUCUGAUGGGUUUAAACUAUUUCAAUUUGCAACUAAUUCAGUAAUAAAAUCCUCUAUGUUUCUAAAAGGGUUUGUGCACAAUAUAGGUUUGUCUGGCCAGACUAAAAGACUAUAGGAAACAAAACAGACUAUAGAGAAAACAAAACAGACUGUAGAAAAAGAAACAAAAAAACAGACUAUAGGAAGACUGAGACCGACUAAAACAGACUGUUAAUGACUAUUAAAGGGAAGACGACUAUUAGAGAGAAGUAAUAAUAAUUACUGUACGUACCAGACUAUUAAAGAAAAACUUACUGUUUCACUGUCUUGUGCAACAUCUGACAGCAAGACACCUUAACAUUCAUUUUUGCUUUCAAAUUUAUGCCCAGUUAAAUUUUUAGGAAGAGAUCGUGUGUAGUUUAGGUAUUUGAUUGAUUUCCACUCCAGACGGAGUGCAGGUCACGUCUACAGACAUUCUAAAUAAUCCCUCUUUUGUUGGUGUUAACUUCAGCUCAGCUGUGCCUUUUAUCAUUAGCUGCUGAGAGGGGGCUGUAACUGAGGCCCUCACACAGGCUGCAUCACAGCUUGUUUAUGAUUUCACACACACACACACUGACAAACUGACCUCAACUUCCCUCUAUUGGGAUGAACACAGGUCUGCGCUUGCGAUUUCUUUUACUAACGAACAAAAAGAUUUUUGAUGUUUAUUCUACAGUUCCACACGUCCCUCUGUGAAAACAUGAUGGAGACAGAUGCAGGACGCGGGUCCUUUCGUGAACAGAUGUCAACGGGGUGGAGACUUCUGACCCCAUGUGACAUAUUCACCUGCUUUGCAUACUUUUAGAAAACUUUUUAUUUAUUUUACCCUCUUAAAGGAGCCAUAGAUGGUGUUACUGCAGACACCACUAAGGUACUGAAACAUUGGAUGCUACAGGCCACAAAGAGAGCCUGUCUAAAUUACAGUUUAUUCAGACAUUAUUCUGGGUCAUUGUAAUUACAGCUGAUGGCAAAUCCAUCUCACCCAACUGAGUUAAAGCAAUUUGAGACCUGCCUAAACCGUGCACGUAAAAAACAGCUGAUAUCUUUUCUAGGUCUUUGUUCUUAUUGUAGGACUUUCGUUCCUAACUUUACCUUCUCUGAGGCCCCACUCAGGGUUCUGAUGCAGACGUUUUCAUCGUCCACUUCUUUUCUCACGUGGACGUCUGAGGCUGAACAACGUUCACCGACCUCAUGCUUGCUCUUCAGUUAGCUCCUACUUUGGGUCUCCCUGAUCUGACCCUAUGCGACCUUUCACUCAAACAGUGAAUGAGAGAUCAGGUUGUACGACUUCUGUUCUUUUGUCCUCAUACUUUGAUUCUUUUGAAAUAGAUUACAUCUUUCUACAGCCGAUGGCUUAGAUGCAACACCACCUUACUCAACAUGCUGAACGUUAAUAUCAAGAGGUCGUCUUGAAGUCUGGCUUUGCUAAGACACUACUCUGCUCAGGCUGCAGAGUUGAUCGCGUUGACUGAAGCUAGUAAACUAGCAGAAGGAAAGUCUGUUACCAUCUACACAGACUCUACAGAUGCUCUGUGGAAGCAUAGGAAGCUUUUGAAGUCUGAUUGCAAACCUAUCUCACAUCAUGAUUAGGUUCUGCUUUGCUGGACGUUGUCCUGCUGCCUACAGCUAAUGCUGUUUGUAACUGUCCGACUCGCACCAUCAGUGACGACUUUGUUUCUGCCGACAUGCAGCUGCAGACGCUGCUGCGAAGGUCGCUGCCCAACAACCCCUCCCUCUCCUGAUCCUCGUUCCCUCUCCAACUCUCUCUACCCUCUCCUCCUCUCUCUCCCUGUGCUUUAAACAUUUUGUACCUCACAGGAACGCAGACUCUGGCUGACGAAUGGUUCCACCUGUAGCCAUGGAGUCUGGUUUGGGCCUGAUGGCAGCCGUGCCGCCCAAACACUUUUUCCCCACAAUUCAGAUUUCCCAACAGGUGAAAACAGUCGACAGGACCAUUACACACCAUCCAACCGGUAGACUGGGCGAUCGUUAAGGAGUUCAGGAGGAAGCAUUGGGACUCCAAACGGUGGUGAGGCCCCUUCCAGGUCCUUCUGACGACCAACACGGCUGUGAAUAUCGCAGAAAGAGCGACUUGGAUCAACUCCAUCCAGGAAGGUCCCGGAUCCAACAGACGACCCUCCAUCUACAUCUACACCACACGAGAAAACCACCACUGACGACCCUCGUUGUGCUCACACACGCACUGAGGCGAGGCUGCGUUGACCGUUCAGCUAAAGGUGUGAGCCAAGCGCCGCCUGAAGCUGCGCCGGUGAAUCACACUAUCAGACCAACAUCUACACACACGUUCCUGAGAAAACACACACACGAGCAGCCUUGAGUUGCCGACGCUGGACAACGUGUAGACUCUUCACAUCACAGGGAGUGACAGUGACUCAGACGACAUUGGGAGGAAACCUGGCGGUGAUAACGAACCCCAAAUGUCUCUGUGAUCGGCUGAUCACAACCUGAAGAACCCCAACGAACUGUCAAUACUUCAACACACAGGUUGGAAACAAUCUAACGCUACUGUUCAACAGGAAGAAGCAGAUUGUUACAAGACAUCAAUUGUAACCUUGUUUUGUUAAACUUCAUUUUAUGUUACAUGGAUUAUUGCCUUUAUCAUAUGAUGUUUCUAUGUAACUUUAGACACUACUUUUGAAUGAGAAAAAUUUCACAUAAUUCACAACACUGAGUUUAAAUAUCCUAAAGUUGAUUUGGUGUUUGAUUUGCUCACAAUCACUUUAUUCACUGCUACAAAGAGUUUUAUCCUUCAUCUACAGAUGAAAGACAACACAAGCGGCAAUAUGCAUCAUCAUUCUGGUUAAAUCCCUGAAUCUCCUUUUCGCUCUAGACGCAAAUGUACAAUUAAGGAUCUAAAAGUUAUCCCACUGGUUAGAGGUCUCAUCAUGCGUGCGACCUCAGCAACACUCUCGUAUCAAAUGACACAAUGCACUAUGUUCAAAAACCCCAACUCUAAUUCACUUAAUGACUUUGAGAAUGGUCUUAGGCUAUCGGAUCACAAAAUAUAAUCUGAUACAAAUAUGAUUAUGAGAUUAUCAUCUGCUUCUUUAUGGAAAAUUUCCACCACAAGCUCUUUUCCUCUUAACCAGUUCAACAAACACAAUGGGGGGGUUUAAUGGGGAUAAUAGCUUCCACCGUAGAAGUGAUACUGUCAUGAAUCAAGUUCCUUUCAUUUCUUCAGCUGAUCUUUAGUCCAAAUGUCUCACUGACCGUUUCCGCUUGCUUCUUUCAACCAUCUGCCAUUUAGAGAUUCACAGAUUCUUUUAUCAUAAAUAUUUUAUUUUCCCAUUUUAGAAGGAUCUGUUUCAAAAAUGUCAACGGAAUUUGACCCUACAGUUUUUUUUACACAUUACAUGGGUGUAUGGGAUUGUUCAUUAAUGUAUUUAUGUGAAAUGAACUUAUAUAGUUAAAUAGUAUAAUAUCUAUUUCAUAGCAAUAGUCAAGCCAUAACAAAUUCCUCUCCUAUACAUGAAUAAAAACAAGUCAGGGGACAAAGGUUUUUCAAAUGCCCUCGCCAAGAAAGAUUCUAUGCUAGGAUUAAAAUUCAGAUUUGUAACAAUUUAAUUCAGCCAUCAAUUUGUCUGUCUGCCCUCUAUUGUAUUCAAUUCAAUUCAAUUCAAUUCAAUUUUAUUUAUAUAGCGCUAAAUCACAACAAAGUUAUCUCAAGGCACUUUACAAAGUAAGGUUUAAGAUCUCACACAACUAAACCCAACAAAUCCCACAUACAGCAAGCAUUUAAUUUGACAGCAACAGUGGAGAGGAAAAACUCCCUCUGUAACGAGGAAGAAACCUCCUAUUGACUUCUAUCAGUGACCAGUGGAAACUGAUAAGACAGGUUGCUCUUGACUUAGUACAGAAGUAAAACAACACUCAUUCACAGAAAAUCCCUCAGGUUGCUUGCCACAUUAACUAUUUACCAUCUUUCCUCUAUAUUUUGUCUGUUUCAGAAUAACAAUUUGCAUAUCUUUAAUUAAAACUUAAGAUGAGCCAAUCUAAUUCUGUUCAAUCUAAUCUGUUUCUAAUACAGUUCAAAUAUUAACUAGGAGAUAAAAUAAGAUACGAAUAACUAUGUAUUUAAAAUGAAAAAUGUUACACAGUUGAUAUUACUAGCAGAGUACAACAAAUUAUUUUAUUGCAUUAAGUAUUUAAUUGCACUUUCAUGUCUACCAUCAGCUCAUGUCUCUGCUUAUGCAGUCACAAUAUUUAAGACCAGGCAGUUUACCAUCAAUCCAACACUUACAGGCCGUAAGAAAAUAGAAUAUGUAGGAUGGUCAACUAAAAGUGCUCUUCAGAAUGCUACGGUGUGCUCUCUAUGUUCCUGGGUUUGAAAUAAAUAUAUGUAGCAUGUAACUUCCUGUGGCAACAUUCAUUGUGAAAGAAAUCCAUUUAUCCUGGGUGACUUUGUGAUCAAAAAGUAAAUGCAGGAGAUUUCAACCAACCACGUUUUCACAGAACAUUUGUGAUUGUUUUCCAAGAUGCCAUAAAAGCGUGGAUUCUCACUUGUUAAUAAGCUAGUACCAUCAUUUUUCAGAGGAAUUACCUAAAGUUACAACCACUAUUGUAUGAGAGCUAGACAGCGACAAGAAAAUUUUAAACCCAAUUUUUGCCUUGUCCAGUAAAACCGCCCGAAACUGACAACUUUUUUUGUUGUUAAUUUGUGGACUCAAAGUAAUAAUGUGAAUAAUCUGUAGCUGAGUACACUUUCUAGUGUUAUUUGUAAUUAAUGCUGGUGAGUUCAACAAUCGUUGAGUUACUUUAUGCCAAAUGUCUGGUUUAUUAGCAAUGAGACUACAAGGCACCACUAUUUUAUUUGUACUAUUAUAUUCAUCCUUCAGCAACACAAAAAUAAGAGCUGUGCUGAUUAUAUACUGCUCUAUAUAUAAACAAUGAACUUACUGUUUGUCCUUAUUUAUAUGGUAUGAAACAGACUAAACAAAACUCAAUUUUUAUAUAACUGAUAACACAGUAAGUCCAUUUAUUUUCUUGUAGAGUAAGAUGGUGUCAAAAUGUUAACAGCAAAGGGCUAAAUUUUAGUGCAUUUUGUGUUAUGAUAAAUUUCUGUACUAAGCGCAGUAUUCUCCAAUGAACCUCAAAUGAGCUGCAUUCCAUAUUGUCCAGUAUCACCAGCUUGGUUGUCUUUUUCAAUGAAAUGCAUAGGUUUGUCAGUGUAAAAACCCAAACAAAAUGGGGUAAACCUACAGUAAAUAAUUUUAAGCAUAAAAAAACACAUAAGAUGUGUUAUCUAUCAGUUGUUUUCAUCUAUUUAAUGUUUAGUGGUUAUAUGUUUUAGCUUUUUCUUCCUAUGGCCUGGCAGAAACAGAACUGAAGUUCAACACUCUCUAUCUUAGCAAUAGUAACAUUUAUUUGUCUGCAUACUAAAGAAUAUUUCUCUUCAUUUUUUUGUGUUGUUUUCCUGCAAACACACUCUAUUUACAGUAUAUCAAUACAUAUAUUUAUUUAUUUAUUUAUUCAUACAUUUAUUUAUAGUAAUAUGAGAGUUUUGAUGUUCAUACCUGUAUGUGUGAAAUAGGUAAAAAAUUGUGCUUUUUACUUGCAGUCCGACUUACAGCCAGCGGCUACUUUAGAAUUCACACAGAGCAACUAACCAAGUUCCCAAAGCUUCAAGUCUCCCUACAGGUUUACUAAGAAGAGGAUGGUCAUGACCGAAUGUAGGUUAGAAUGAACUAUUGGUGGUAAUUGCAGUAACUUACCUUCAUUUAGCUUAUGCAAGAUUUAUUUUGAAACUGGAAAUUUAUACCGAGAUUUUUGAUAAACCAGUUAAUUACAACAAUAACAUGGGGGACGUUUUAUUAAUACUCUUACUGCUCAAAAACAUGAGACAAGUGAUGAAUUGAUUUCACUGCCUGACUGUCAUUUUCUUUUAACAGCCAGGUAUAGACUCUAGCUAAAUCUAAUACAGCUGCUCUGCCCAGGCUCUGUUUGCAUUAUUCUCAUAAUUUUAAAGGGUCGCAGACAUCUCAACUGACAAUUGGGUGAACUGGAUUCACCCAAUUCAGUCAGUGUAAUUGUCAGUGUAUAGACAUAUUUAAAGAUAUAAAAAUAUGUUAGGAAUGAAAAUGGCAUAUAUAACAUUUCACAACAUUGUGGUGUUUCAUAGAUGCCUUCAUCACUCACUGAGUUUGUGAGUCGCUGAUAGGAGAUAAACAAUCUGCAGAGGAGAGGAGUGAAGAGGAGGCAAGGUCAUCGUCGUAACGUGUGCUGUUUGUAGGUGGAAGUGUUGUUUUGGACCAUUUUUUGUGAAAAUGAACAGGAAAAAAGGAGAGAAAUUUAGAUAUCUUCUGUGAAGGGUCAAUCGAAAUAAAUGCAUUUCUACCAGACCUUCUGUAGAAAAAAUAAUGACACAAAACAAUGGUGAGAUUUUCUAGAAAUAAUCUGUUAACUUACACAGACUCACCUUGUCUUUUCUGCUGUUGCAUCCCAAUUACAAAUUUUCCAGUUCAAGGGUAUGUUGAGGUUUUCAAGGACAUUGCAGAGUGUCGGUCAAACGCAUUUUAAAGGUCUCCAAUCCAACCGGUAAAGGAGGUCAUCUCCAUACCAAAAAGUAAAUAGAUUCCACAGUAGAUUGAAGUUAUUUUAUUGUACAUACUUAAGUGCAUCAGAUUGACUUCCCUCAUGUUGCUUUAGGCUGAAACUUUAACCAUGGCAAAGCAAGUUGGGACACAAUGACGGCACAGAUUAUUGACUAUUGCUUGUUUUUGUAAUAUGUGCUUGUAUUUUACAUUUGUUGAGUAUUUGGGUUAAGGUCUCCCCUGGGCGGUCAGUGGAACAGAGCAGGUCUCCUCAUCACCAUCACCAGAGAGAUGCUGCUGCACACGGGCCAUCUCCGUUUUGAACUUUUGCCAUUUAUUUUAUUGUUGUUGAUUUGUUUGUUUGAUUGUUUGAUUUGAUAUCUGU